UUUACCUCAUGGUUUAAAAUACGUCUACUAGGGAGAGUUCAAGUCCACUCGUAAGAUAUUGUUCUCUUUGGCCUAUUAUGUAUCGUCUUCUACUUCAUGGUUUAAAAUACGUCUACUAGGUAGAGUCCAAGUCCACUUGUAAGAUAUUUUUCUCUUUGGCCUAUCAUGUAUCGUUUUCUACCUCAUGGUUUAAAAUACGUCUACUAGGUAGAGUCCUAGUCCACUUGUAAGAUAUUGUUCUCUUUCGCUCAUUAUGUAUCGUCUUCCACCUCAUGGUUUAAAAUACGUCUACUAGGGAGGAGAGGUUUUCACACGCUUAAUGUUUUUAGCUUUAAUACCAUUGAUAACAGCCCAAUCCUACCACUAAUAGAUAUUGUUUACUUUGGUCCAUUAAAACAUGUAGGGAGAGACUUUUCACACCCUUAGAAAUGUUUGGCCCAUUAAAACACGUAUGUAGGGAGAGAUUUUUCACACCCUUAGAAAUGUUUCUUUCUCUUCUUCAAUCGAUGUGGGAUCUCACAAAAUAUAUUAUAAAUGCCUCGAUCAAAAGGUCUAAGGCUCGAACUUCUACCCCACAGGCCCACAUGUUAAAAUCUAAUAAAAACCUACCAAAAUUAGUAUCAUGGACAGUUUUUCUAAUAUAUAUAUAACAAAAAUAACGGAGAGAUUUAUGGCCAUGUUUCAAAGGGCUAAGAUAAGACUAUUAUUCUAGAGAGAGUGAUAUCAUAGCAUACUGUGACAUUAGAGAGAGUGAUAUCAUAGCGUACCGUGACAUUUUAAAACCUUAAAUAUCGUCUUUACCUUAUUUAAAAAUUAUUCAAUAAUUUUUUUCUACUCUUACAAAUUUGAUUUUUUAUUUCUCUCAUUGAUAGUCACGUUGAUUAAUUUCGGUUUUGAACCCGUCAUUUUUCCAUUCCCAAUCAUCUUCAUCAAUUAUCGAAAACGACCACAAGUCUUCAUUUUAGUUUCAUUUCACUUGCAUUUGCAUUUGCAUUUAAAUUUUCCCUCCUAUAAAAACCAACCCCAAGUCUCCCUCCAUUAUUCAACACCAACAAGACAAAACACCCAAUACAUUAUUCAUUAAUAAUUUCCUAGCUCUCGGGAGUUCAAAAUGGCUCCAGAACUUCCGGAGAAUGUCCUAGCCGGCGGCGCCACCGCCUCGAGGGCGUACGUGACGUUCUUGGCCGGAAACGGCGACUACGUAAAAGGGGUGACGGGUUUGGCAAAAGGGUUGCGGAAGGUGGCCACCGCUUACCCUCUGGUGGUGGCGGUGCUGCCGGAUGUUCCGGCGGAGCACCGGGAGAUUUUGAAGGCUCAGGGCUGCAUCAUUCGGGAAAUUGAGCCGAUUUAUCCUCCUGAGAAUCAAAUCCAAUUCGCCAUGGCCUAUUACGUUAUCAACUACUCCAAGCUUCGGAUUUGGAACUUUGUGGAGUACAAGAAGAUGAUAUAUUUGGAUGGAGACAUCCAAGUAUACGACAACAUAGACCAUCUCUUCGACAACCCCGACGGCCAUUUCUACGCCGUCAUGGACUGCUUCUGCGAGAAGACAUGGAGCCACUCCCCUCAGUACUCCAUCGGCUACUGCCAGCAGUGUCCCGACCGAGUCACCUGGCCGCCCGCCUCCGGUCCCCCGCCGCCGCUCUACUUCAACGCCGGCAUGUUCGUCUUCCAGCCCAGCCACCUGACCUACCACUCCCUUCUUCACACUCUCCGUAUUACCCCUCCCACCCCUUUUGCCGAGCAGGACUUUCUCAACAUGUUCUUCCGCAACAUUUAUAAGCCCAUUCCUCCCACCUACAAUCUCGUUCUCGCCAUGCUGUGGCGCCAUCCCGAGAACGUUGAGAACGAUGUCGAUAAAGUUAAAGUCGUCCAUUACUGUGCUGCGGGAUCGAAGCCAUGGAGGUACACAGGCAAGGAAGCCAACAUGGACAGAGACGACAUCAAAAAGUUGGUGGCAAAAUGGUGGGACAUUUACAACGACACGUCGCUGGAUUUGAAGUCUGCAAACGACGUCGUUGAAGAGGAGGAUCAAGCCAAUGCAGUCCCAAAAUUGACAAUUUUGUCCUCCAUGCCUGAGCCCAACAUUUCCCAUGUGCCAGCACCUUCUGCUGCUUGAUCGAUUCAUACAUAUUACCUUAUUUUCUCUAAUAAAAAAUAAAUAAAUAAAACUUUAUAAUUAUAUAUUUA